ACAAGAGUGACAAAAAAAUCUUGGAAAAGGUACCUUGAAAUAGAAACUAUACAUUUGCGUAAAAAUCGCUGUCAGUUAUAUAAUUUUGAUAAUUCAACGCUUAGACGACUCGGGUUCUCGUUUUCUUUGGUUGUGCUCUUCUACUGUCCUGUGAGUCCAUAAAACGGAUUUUGUCCUCUCUUCGAAAACGGAACAUCUUUACGGUACAAAAAAUGAUAGAAAUAUUUGAAAUUAGCUGGAAAAGAACUAUUUUCUGACAGACUAACGGAGACCUAACUUAGAUUUCAAGCUGCGUGAUUAUAUUGAGCUUGGUCACAAAGGUAAAUAUGAAAUCAAAUGAAUUAAACCGAGCGAAAGAGGUUGAUAAUCAGAGUCUUCAUUCAACAGUCGCUAGAUUUGGAGAUGUAAUUAAAAGCAACGAUUUGAUGGAAAAUGAGUUAAAAGCAGCAGAAACGUCAAUGAGUUUAUGUAAUGUGGACAGUGAAGUUGAUUUGGAUGUCACGGCGUUUGGCUGCCAGGACGAUGAUCAAGCCCAUGGCCUAUCUCAAAAUGAGUCCAAAGAUUUAGAUGAAGACAGAAUUUCUGAGAGAAAUCCUAGUGAGGUUGUUGAAGAAGUUGAUGUGAUAGAUGUUGGAUUUAAUGACUAUCCUUGUGAUCAAAUUUCUGGCUCACAAUUAAGCAUGGUGGAUCAUGACAAGUUGGGAAAAAUCAACAGCAAGACCUAUAAUGAAAGGUUAUUUCAGUUGCAAUUUGAAACAUUGGAUAAGAAAACAAAAAGUGAAGCUCAUGGUGUGGAAAAGGAGUCCCCUACUAUAGAGACUAACCUGUGGCAUGACCAGUUUUUGAAUGGCAAUGGAGAGGAUGAUGACUACAAUCGCUUCUAUUUUGAGUCUGAUCAUUUGGCACUAAAAGAUAAUAAACACUAUCAUUUAUUGUUACAAACGUUGCUGGUUUUGGAGUCUCAGAGGAGUCAAGCUGUCAAGGAUCUUGAUAACCUUUAUGAACAGCAGGUGAAAGCUCUCCAGGAUCCUGUUAGCUUUGUGGAGAAGCUCCAAAAUAAGGAACACUUAGAUCUCCCACCAAGGCAGAAGAUUGUGAAGCUGCCACCAGUUCCUUGGGAGGAGUAUACAGUAUCACUGAGUGCAAUAGAGAGACAGAGAUUGAGUAAUCCACAUCUCACUAGAGCCAGUGCAAACAAUGUGGGAAAAGCAACUGAAUCAUCAUUGCAAAGUUCUGAUGCAAGUGAGACCUCCUCAACUGCACCUUCAGAGAGCAAUGUAUACAGUGUCUUUGGAGGAGGGUUUGUGGCAAGCAGGCAAGGAAAACCACUAGAACGAGAAAGUCUGACAAGUGCCUUCACUCCAAGAGGUGGUGACUUAAAGAAUGGACAAAGCGAUAUGAAACCAGUAACCUUCAAUCAGCCAUGGACUACUGAAGAACAGGCUAAAUUGGAAAAGUUGUUGCAGAUUUAUCCCCAGGAGGAGAUUGAAUCCAAGAGAUGGGAGAAAAUUGCUGCUGCCCUAGGGAACAGAACUUACAAACAGGUUGCCAGUCGAGUUCAGAAAUACUUCAUCAAGUUAGCUAAAGCAGGACUACCUGUACCUGGUCGUGUGCCCAACAUACCUCGGUUAGGAACCAGGAGUAAACGGUCCUCCCAUCACUAUCAGACUCUUGGGUUUCGAAAUUCCACAUUUUUCCCUUCCUAUCGACCAAAAGUUUUGAUGGACGAAGAUGACGAAAUCUCAAGUGUAGCUACGGAUGAUACGACCGGAUAUCCAUCGGAUGAGGAAACUGUGCCAGUAGAUCAGCGGAAUACAGAGGAAUACAGAGAACUUGUGGAGCUGAAGAGACUAAAGAGGCAGAAACUGACGGAAUAUCAGCAAAGUGAGAUAGCUGUCCAGCACCAUGGCUUCAUGUGUGAUGGCUGUGGAAUGAAUCCAAUAUCAGGCACAAGAUGGCACUGUACCGACUGCUCAAAAGAUGUUAGUGUUGAUUUGUGCACGGAGUGCGCAGAAAGGGGAAAUGUGAAUGUGGGUGUUCACACAAGUGAACAUCACCUGGAACCAGUGUAUUCUAGUUCUACGUUUUUCGUGGAUGGAGACUAUCUUGGACUCAGCAGAGGCAGCACUAGUGCUGGUUAUAAUUACCUGGAUACCAAUUUCCUACCCUCUACUGCCAGCUAGCACAAAAGAGCACAAGGUGUAAAGCGCUUUACCCAAUCUGAGCUAAGACAGGCUUGUAUUCGGCGUCCUACGCGGGAAAAUUCGGAAACAAGAAGUGACUGUCGUGUUUCGUCCAGCUCCUGAUUGGUUACUUCUAGAGCAUACUCAUCCUGAUUAGUCGGUCACUAUGAGAUUCGCGUUCUUAAGUGACAAAUCGUGACAGGUCUAUUAACUUGUUGAAAGAAUAGGUUCCAGAUGUUCAGUUUUCGCCUGAAAAACAUUCUGAACAGUUUUUGUCACUGAUUCUUUAUCAUUCUCUUUACUAAGGGUCUGAAAACCAGACCUAAAGAUAAAGACGAGGGCCAGUCACACGUAAGCUGAACACAUCAAUCUAGUUAGGAACUGUUAUUGAGUGUAUGAAUUGACCAUUUCACAUUUGUGUAAUUAGUUGCCAAUCCUUUGAUUUACAGUGAGACUGAAGGUGACCUUGUUUUGAUAGAGACCAGUAUCUAGUAAGCAUGAUAAAAAAUUAAUUUACUUUUGAAAAGCAGCACAUUUUGUAUCAUAACGAAGUCACCCUUAGCCUUACUCCUGUUCAAAGGCGUGGCAACCUAGCACGCAACUGUAAAAUGGACUUCCUCAAAGCCAAAGUGAAUGAAAAGAGCGCGCGGUUUUAUAUCUAACGGAGAGUACUUCAUGUCCCUGUAAAGUGUUAUAUCUCGGCAAUUGUCCGUGCAAAUGUACACCGGUACUUAAUUGGACUCCUAUGUAAUUUUUCAUACAUCAUAUAUUUUUUUAAGCCAAGUUGUAAGUGUGGAAAACAAGCGACAAUUUAAAGAAUAAAUUAUUCUGUUCGUCCUUUACG